UGAGAGUUCCCACAGCUCGAGUGGAAUAGGCAUGUACCAUGCAACAGUGAGGGAAAGGACUGAGAUUGUCGCGGAUCAACAGUGAGGGGAAGGAGAUCGUCGCAGCACCAGUGAGGGAACGGAGGGCGUCGCACCAUUUUAACUAGCAUUCUUGCAGUUUCAGAGCUGUCACCGUGUCACCGUGUCACCGUGCAGUGUCACCGUCAACGUUCCCUUCGUGACGGUGUCAUCCAUGGUGUGCGUGCCGGAGCCAAUACGGAGACAAUCAUAGUGCGAGUGCAACUGAGCUAUACUAUGCCCAUGAGACGCAUGAUACUGCUGGUCGAACGGCGGAAAUAGUCUGCAGGGAUGGGUAAACCCGGCGAAUCUCAGUCGACAUUCACGGACGAGCACGGCGACAUCAUUCUGCUGCUUCUGUGCAUGGCCCUUCUGACUUGCCUCGGUCUCCUGCUCUACAUCGUCUACACCUGGUGGAUGAGGUUGAAGCAAGCACGUGACAAAGCUAGAAGUGGCACGCACCACGUGGCAAUGUCUCGACGUCGUAUCCAGCGACCCCCGCCCAACAUACGUAAGCUACCCUCCAAGUACCGGGAUGUGUUUAGCGUGGACCCUGAGGGCGAGAGUGGUGAUCAGGACUCCGCCUAUGGUGGUGGUGGGGGUAGUGUUGAGGAGGACUCUACGUACAGUGGUGGUGGUGUUGAUGACAACCACAACACUCGCUACGUGUACCACGGCUCGUGGAGAUCACCUGGCGUAAUGGCCGACUACCUCGGUGUGUGUUCACAUUGAUUACCUAAUGCAAGUAAUGGUCUGUCCUUAUACAGCAUAUGUAUACAGUCAGUGCAAUGACAUCAUAUCAUACGGCACCAGUGCCAUGACGUCAUAGUUCCCACACAGUACCAUGAUGAGAUAGUGCCAAUGAUUAUUAUGUGCAGUGUGAUGACGACAUGCUUUGCCAUUUCCUUCUAGGCACCGGCGGAUUCUGCUCGAAAAGGUGGCAGAUUCUGCUCGAAAAGCAGUGAAAUUGGCAGAACCAUACAAACCUUAUGGCGGGCGAUUCCUCGAAUUCUGCUCCAAUUCUUUAUCCACAUACCAAACAUGCAUGAAACUUACCAGAAAAAGUACCGAAUUCUGCCCAAUUUUUCUGCCGGCAUUAUCCACCGGUGCCUAUUUCCUUCCCAUGCACAUGCAUGAUGUGUGGUUCGUGUUGUGUGUAUAUUGGGGUGUCUGCUGUAGUGUAUUAUGCACAUGACAACCCUGCUAGUUUGCUAGAGAUGGCAAAGAAGAUCGCUUGAUUCGCUCACUAGUACGGUAGAGACAAGGAGCCAGAUAUCUGAUCUUGAGUUUUGAGCUUGAAGCGCGGCGACUUGCAACAAUAGUCAUCAUUUUCAUACAAUUGAGCAUACAUGUAAUUCUUUCUCGACAUUCUAAUGUUCAUGCACCAGUGCUUGAAGUAUGUGAUUGGUAUCUUCAUAACCCUAGCAAACCUCAGCUUAUAUUGUACACUAUUAUUAAUUAUUUUGAUUUAUUGACACAUAUGUCCGCCUAUAGCUAUAUCGUGUGGCAACUGCAUAAUUAUGCAUGUAACAUUACUAUAGGAGACUCCCCAAAAAGCAUCCAUUCUCUUUUGGAGAAUCCUCCCUUGAGCAAAAAAAGUUUUAAAAAAACGAAAACAAAAACAAUGCCAUAAUAUUAAAAAGGUGUUAACCUUAAACUUACUAGCUAGAAGAACUCCGAUGGUGAACCACACUCGGCACAGUCGUCGCCGACAUUUUCACCAUCACCUGGCCGUAGUUCCGUUUGCUUUUUGCACUAGGAACCACAACGCGCAGCCGGAGUGGAAAGCUCAACAGCAGAAUUCAACACCCGGACCCAGAGUGUCUUCCACACCAAACCGGCUAAUCCAAUGUACUUGUAGAAAGAACACAACGUCGUUGCAAUGAUCCAUGGCUUUCUCGGUGUCUCAAUGAUCCAUGGCUUUCUCGGUGUCUCAAUGAUCCAUGGCUUUCUCGGUGU